CGUGAGUUGACAGCUGACUGCUGCCAGAACCUCUGUGUUCAUGGUUAGCUUUUGUGAUGGACGAAGACGGACUGCCCAUAGUUGGUUCUGGAAUAGACCUCACCAAGGUCCCUGCCAUUCAGCAGAAAAGAACAGUGGCAUUUCUGAAUCAGUUUGUAGUGCACACAGUACAAUUCCUUAAUCGUUUUUCCACUGUUUGUGAAGAGAAACUGUCUGCCCUGUCUCUUCGCAUUCAACAUAUGGAAACAACCCUUAAUAUCUUGGAUGCAAAGCUGUCUUCCAUACCUGGCUUAGAAGAUGUCAAAGUUGAAACAAAUCUUGCUCCUCAGAACCACAUUACUAAUGGGCAUAUUUCAUCACAGACUGAAGCACAAAAUCAUGCUGUAUCACCACGUUCAGAGGUAACCCAUCAAAACACAGUAACUGAAAACACAACUCAGAAGGAUGAGAUUCUAACAGAAAAUACUACUACUGUGGCAAAAGAUCCACGUUAUGCCAGAUAUCUAAAGAUGGUCCAAGUGGGUGUUCCGGUAAUGGCGAUAAAAAAUAAAAUGAUUUCUGAUGGGCUGAAUCCUGAUCUUUUAGAGACACCUAAUGCCCCAGUACCUGAUGCAGAACAUGAAGCAGAAGAAAGCUCAGACAGUGAAUCUUCUUUCAGUGACUGAAAAGUUUUUUUAUAGCAAUGAAAAGCGUCACCACAACUGAAUUCCAAGGUCCAGUGUUUAACAAACAAUUUCAGAACAUUUACCAACCAAACAAAAGUGUCUGUGUAUAGCUAAUAUCAAAUUUCUAUAGCUAGAAGUUACAAUUUUGUAAAUAUAUUCUACAUUUAAUUUUUUAAUGUACAGUUUUCAAAUUCUUUAUGAUUUAUAUCAGAUAGAUGUUCAUUAUUAAAAAAAAGAAAAGUCUAGAAUUUUACAGAAAGAACUGUAAUGGUGCCUUAUCACUCACUGCUCAAUCCUGCUGUCAACAGAAAAGUAUGUGAAUGGUCUGAUUCAGUAAAGUCUUUUGAAAGUA